UUGUCGGCGCUGGGCUCUGGACACUGAUAGACGCGUUUGUUGAAGCAUUCCAUAAGUUAGUUUAACUAUAUUGUGAGUGAAAAAGAAAAACGAUAUUAAAGCAAAUAAUUUGUGAAAUACUUAGGAUUUAAUACAAAAAAUGAAGAAAAACAAACCAGUACUAUAUGAUCCACUAAUUAUAAAUCGUGUUAAACAGUAUUUGGAAGAAAAUAUUGAUAAGACUUAUUUGGAUGUGGGUGUUAUGACCAAACAUUUACAAGAUCGUUAUCCAGAAUAUACAAGACGUAAAGUAGCACCAUUCCGGGCAUUAGUUGAACAAGCUUAUCACGUGGUUUCUCAAAGUUAUGGCCUAAAUGAUCCAACACCCAGUGGAGAUGAUUCUGAUGCAUCGGAUUUAGAAGUUAUGGAUGAUUCAUCAUCGAACAACAUAAUGAGCAAUAUGAUGAACAGUUUAUAUAAUGGCCCAAAGGCCAAAUCUAAUGCUGCAAAUUCAUCUAAUCCUUCUAAACAACAAUCUGGCGAGGCUAUUGAUAUAAGCAGCGAUGAGAGUGGGGACGAAGGUAAUCCAACAAAAUCAAAUGGCAAAUCUGUAGCAAAAACAGCAGCUAACUUACCACUGGUUAAGAAUUCGGCUAUAACUGUUACAAAGAUACCACCAAAUCCUGAACGGACUUCAAACAAGGGUUCUUCAUCAACAACUUCAACAACAACAGAUUCUAAUUCAUUACCGCCUUUGCAACCGCAUCAGCAGCAGACGGGUCAAAAGCGUCAUGAUAAUAUAUCGAUAUCGGCAGCGAGUGGUGGAGGACAGCCGACGAAAAAACGUAAGUUGGAUGAAACUGGUAAACAUACGACUAUCUAUACGAAAAAUCCUAUGUCAAAUCAAUUCCACAAAUUAGACAAACAAGACAAUGGCAAUUCCUCCUAUAUACUGCAACAGAUGCAACGCCACAAUCAGCAGCAACGUCAUCAGCAAUUAGACAAUCACCGGGAGAGUAGUAACGAUCCAGAUCGUCCCUUUCACGGCAGUGGUCAACGUUCCCGCAAAUAUAAGAAAGAGGUACAAUUGCGUAAAUCACGUGAAUCUUUUCAGGAUAUUGGGGGCAUGGAGAAAACUCUCAAGGAGUUGUGUGAGCUUUUAAUGCAUAUUAAAUCGCCAGAUAUAUACUUUGUUUUGGGUUUAAUGCCGCCGAGGGGUAUUUUGUUGCAUGGUCCACCAGGAUGUGGUAAAACCUUAUUAGCUCAUGCCAUAGCAGGGCAAUUAAAUCUACCGCUUAUUGAGAUACCAGCUACUGAAUUAAUUGCUGGAGUUUCUGGUGAAUCCGAGGAACGUAUACGCGACGUUUUUGAUCAAGCUGCCACCAGUGCACCCUGUGUUUUGUUUAUUGAUGAAAUUGAUGCAAUAUCUUCAAACCGCUCAAUGGCACAAAGAGAUAUGGAACGUCGUAUUGUUUCUCAGUUGAUUAGCAGUUUGGACAAUUUAAAACUUAGUGAAGGAGGUCAGUCUGUGUUGGUAAUUGGAGCCACCACACGACCGGAUGUUCUAGAUCCUGCUCUAAGACGUGUGGGUCGUUUUGAUCAUGAAAUUGCAAUUAGUAUACCAACGCGUAAAGAUCGCAAAGAUAUUUUGACAAUAAUAUGCGAGGGCCUAUCGGUUGAACCAAAAUGUGACUUUGAUAAGAUUGCCGAAUUGACACCAGGUUAUGUGGGGGCUGAUCUAUUGGCUUUAGUAUCACGUGCAGCCACUAUAGCUGUGAAGAGGAAAUGCUCUGAACAAAUGCGCGCUUUUCAGCUUAAGACUCAGCGUAAUAUAACUAUAGUUGAUUUGGAUGAUGACAAUGAAGAAACCGAUGAUAAAACUGGAAAAGAAAAGGAAGCAGAAAAGGAUAAUACCAAAGAGGAUGAAGGAGCUGAAGCUGUCUCUAAGGCGGACGAAACAACAAAAGUAACUAAAAUAACUGAAGAAGCCGAACCUAUGGCUGUCGAUACCACCACCACGGAUGAGGCAGCAAAAUCCGAGGCAGAUAAAACUGAGGCCACUAGCAGCAAAGAUAAAUCAGAUGAUAUUGAAAUGAAUGAUUCUACAAAGUCACCAGAUUCUGUAGUUGUUACAACUGACAAAUCAAAAGAUGAAAAUGUUACAAAUAAGAAGGAAGUAACCGAGAAUCUUAAACUGCAGGAUCCCACAUUGUUUGAACUACUUAACUGGUUGGAUAAUCCACCAGAAGAUAUCACUUUUGUAUCAGAAUUUUGCAUAACUUUGGAUGAUUUCUGCGAAGCAGUUAAAGUUGUUCAACCUUCAGCGAAACGUGAAGGUUUUAUUACUGUACCAGAUGUUACCUGGGAUGAUGUGGGUUCUUUACAAGAUAUAAGAGAAGAAUUGAAAUUAGCAGUUUUGGCUCCUGUAAAAUUUCCAGAGAAAUUGGCUCGCUUGGGACUUUCGGCACCUUCGGGUGUUUUACUGUGCGGUCCGCCUGGUUGUGGUAAAACUCUUUUAGCCAAGGCCAUAGCUAAUGAAGCGGGUAUCAACUUUAUAUCAGUUAAAGGACCUGAAUUAAUGAAUAUGUAUGUUGGUGAGAGUGAACGUGCCGUCAGAGCAUGCUUUCAGCGAGCACGUAAUUCUUCACCUUGUGUUAUAUUCUUUGAUGAAUUCGAUUCUCUUUGUCCCAAACGUUCCGAUGGCAAUGAAGGUGGUUCCGGUACUCGUGUCGUCAAUCAACUUUUAACUGAAAUGGACGGUGUUGAAGAUCGUCAAGGUGUUUACAUAUUAGCCGCUACUAAUCGUCCUGACAUUAUUGAUCCCGCCAUUUUACGUCCCGGACGUUUAGAUACUAUUUUGUAUGUUGGUUUACCGGAACUACAGGAUCGUAUUGAAAUCUUAAAAGCUAAUACCAAAAGUGGUACCAAACCAGUUUUAGCUGCUGAUGUUAGUUUCGAAGUUUUAGCUUCUUUAACGGAUGGCUAUACUGGUGCCGAUCUGGCUGGUCUUGUACGUCAAGCUUCUAUGUUGGCUCUUAAAGAGUCUCUCAAUAAUACCGACCUAAAGUUGGACGAUUUAUGCGUGAAUCAGGGUCACUUUACAAAAGCUAUACAAAUGUUAAGACCCUCAGUUAGUGCGCAGGAUCGCAAAGUUUAUGAUAAACUACGUUUAAAAUAUGCUGCACCCCGCGUACCGAUAGCCGAUGAAAGUGUUGUUUAAAUAUUAAGUUUUUUUAUAUAAAUUAAUUUUUACUGUAAAAUUUUUCUUAAAUAAAUAAUUUAGUUGUACUAACUAACAAAAAAAAACAUACAAACAAAAACAAUCACUUACCAACCAACAAAACUAAUAACUUCUUAAAAUGUAAAACAUUUUUUAUAACAGAAUUUUUUAUUUUUAUUAUUAUAUUCCCAUUCAAUGAUUUCAUUGUUUCAAGAACAAAAUACAAUAAAUAUACCCAUACAUAUACACACACAAACAAACUUCACAUAAUACGUGCAAAAUUGUAAAAUGUGAAUGUUAAGGAAAAGUAGUUUUAAUAUAGUUUGUAAUGAAAUCCUAA